CGCAAAUCACUGCCAGCACGUUCUUCGAACCACCCGAAACCCGCCCUCGCAACUCAGCGCCCCGUUGAUGAACCGCGAAGUCCGCAAUCUCACGUUCGAUAUCCCUAUCGAAGCCGAUUCUCCUCGCCUCAGCGUUCUCUUCAGCCCACGACUCACAAAACAAAUCCUAUCCGUAUACCAGACCACGCUUUGAACCAUACCUCUCAGAGAUGUCUCAGAGCUGUCUACACGCUUUCGUCCCAGGGUUCACACAGUACCUUUAUGCGUCCCACAAUUGUCAUACCAGUAGCGCAUAUAUAA